AUGGACAAGAAAUACUAGGACCUUGUAGAUAAGAAGCUUAUAUUAGAGAAUGAACUUAAAAAUUUGGAAAAGAAUAUAUUUGAUGAAGAAACAAGAUAUUUAGAGGAAACAGGUCAUAUUGGUAAUGUGAUAAAAGGAUGGGAAGGAUUUUUGAGUAUGAAGAAUUCUAAAUUGGGUGGGAAUUAGUAAAAGAAAGGCAAAAUAAACCCAAAUGAUAGAAUAUUUUCUUAAAGUAGCAAAACAUCACCUUUUGUUUAAGAAAUAUCACAACUAGUUUAGAUCACAGGAACUUAAAAAUAAGUUUUGAAUGAAGGAGUUGGAGAAGAGAAAAAAGAAUAUCAUUUUAGAAGAACAAAGAAAAAUAAUAAAUAUGUGAGAUUUUAAAAAGGGUACAUGAUAUUUAACUUACUUUAGGGAAGGAGGAUAUCAUUCUCCAAUGACCUCUAGUGAUGAAUAUAAUGAAAAGAAGGGCAAGGUAAUUAAAAAAUUUUGAAUUUUUAAAAAUAUAUGAUAUAUAUUUUACUAUAUAAUAGAUAUAAAAGGAAAAUGAAUAGGAAUAGUAUGGUAUUAUUAAUUUUUUUUUUUUUAAAUUACAGAUGGUACAUAUAUAUUCAUAUCUUUUUACAGCCACAACCAUUAGUUUGGGUAUAAGUGAAACAAUCUGGACAGAUUCCAACACCUAGAUCAGGUCAUACUUUUGUAACUGUUGGAAGAACUCACAUCCUUUUUGGAGGAUUGGAUAGCGAGAAGAAGCCAGAUGCAGAUAAGAAAAAUACAAAGAUAGCACCAAAUAAUUAAGGUAAAUAUUGUAAUUAGCAUAUAAGUAUAUUCAUUGAGGGUAGCACCAAAUGUUUGUGAAUGGAAGUUAGUAUAAUGUUCAGGGGAUCCCCCAUUACCCAGAACCAAUCAUGCUGCAUGUGCAAUUUCUCCUGAUAAAAUGCUUAUUUUUGGUGGGUUCUACACAUCAAAUCUCCGUUUUAAUGACACUUUCAUCUUAAGAACAAGUAAUUUUUAAUGGGCUCAGCCACCAAAUUAAAAAGUAACUGGUGAACCUAAAAAUGCUGAAUCUAAAAUUGGAGCACCAGAACCAAGGGGAAAUCAUUCUGCAACAUUUCAUAAGAACAAAGUUUAUGUUUUUGGAGGACACGGAGGAGUUGGAUAUGCAACGAAAUCAUUCAAUGAUUUAUAUGUUUUAGAUUGUGAAAGUUUUGAAUGGUCAUAACUAGAGCCAACUGGAACACCACCUGAUCCUAGAGGAGGACAUAAUUCUUAAAUUAUGGGAUAGAAUGAUUUGCUCAUGAUUUUUGGAGGAUGGAAUCAAAUAUCAUAAUUUUAAAAUGUCAUCAUAUAUGAUAUUAAUAACAAUAGUUGGGUAGAUCCAGAAAUCUCGCAUGAAAUACCUAAAUGGAAUAUGGCUGGAAUCAUGGUACCAUCUAUUCCAUCAUGGAAAUAUUUCAUUUUUGGCGGACAAGUAGGAAAUUUUGAAGAAGGUGGUAACAGAACAGCCAGUAGAUUAGUAGAUGAUACUUUUGUAUUAGAUGUAGAUGCUAAGAAAUGGUCACCUGUUUAAUUGGAAGAAGAUAAACCAGUCAAACCUAAAACUAGAGAAUCUACAACUUUAAUUUAUGAUUUAUCAGACUCUAGGAUUUUGAUGUUUGGUGGUUGGUCAAAUGCAUGGAUGAAUGAUAUGUAUGCAUUAAAUGUAUCGUCAAUUGUUGGACCUCCUUAUGCUAUUUAUUCAAUUAAACCAUGUUUAGGUCCAUUAACAGGAAAAACAAAAGUGUCUAUAACAGGAGAUGGCUUUAAGGAUUCACAGAAUAUUGUUAUAAGAUUCUUUUCAGGAAAAGCUUAAGAAGAUGUUCAAGGAAUUUAUGUUAGUACUACUGAAAUAACAUGUGAAACACCUUCAUAUGAAAAACAUGGAGCUAGAAAAGCUGAAGUAAAAGUCUGUAUGGAUAGAUUAGAUUUUACUAUUAUGAGUCAAUUUUAUUCAUAUUUCUUAAAUUCAAAAGCUGAAAAGACAUUAAUGUUUGGACCAGGAGUAUUGAGAGAAAAUGCAACAAAAAUUGAUACUAUGUUUUAUAUUCAAACAAGAAAUUUGAAUAAUUAGAAUAGAGAAAGUGGUGCUGAUGAAUUUUAAAUAGAAAUUACUAGACCUGAUAUAUUAGCAGAAUUAGAUGAGGAAAGAUAAAGAGAAGCUAUCAGAUUAUAAUAAUUAGAAUAAAUGGAUCCUGAAGAGAGAGAAAGAAUUGAAUAGGAAUCACAUAAAAAAAGAAUUGUUAAGAGAAAGAAAGUUAAAAUACCAUAAGAAGGAGAAGAAUAAGGUGAAAAUUAAGAAUCUGAAUAUGAAGAAGUUGAAGAAGAUGUACCUUAAGAAAAAACAAGAUUAUAAUUGUUAGAAGAAAAAGCUAUCAUCAAAUAUACUAUUCAAGAUAAUGAUGAUGGAUCUUAUGCUGUUAAAUAUUAAAUUGAAGAACCAUGUGAAGUUAUUGUUAAUGUUAAAUUAAAGAAUGAAAGAGGUGAAUUUAAUGAAAUUAGAGGUUCUCCUAAAAAAGCAUAAUUUGUAGAUGGUGUUGGACCUAAAAAUAAUUAAUACACAGGUUAAUAAUUAGUUAAUUAUGUUACUAAUAAGAAUGAAGAAAUUAAUAAAUUAAUUGAUACAUCAAGAGAUAAUAUUAAUAUAAAAGAUAAAAAUAUAUAAGAAGAUGUUACUAGUUUAUUAGAAGUUAUGGAGAAUCUUAAAAAGAUUUCAGAUGAAAAAGAAAACAUUCUUUUAUUAUUAGAUGAAAAUGAAUAAAUAUUAAGAACCUUAGAAAAACAUGAUAUGAAAAAAGAAACAGAAAUUAAAAAAGUGAAUAAAAUGUAAGAAGAAUGGAAGAAUUUGUUGAAGAUUUCAUAAACUGUUGAAAAAGACAUAAGUGGUCCAGUUAAAUAAGAAGCUGAUAAGACAAAAGAAAAGAUUAAGAAAUUUGAAGAAUAAUUAAAGGAAUAUUUACAAGGUCUUAAAAAAGAGACAUUUUAUUAAUACAAAACUGGUAUUAAAGAUUCAUAAGAAAGAUUUGCUGAAGUAUAAGCAUAAAUAGAUAAAUUUACAAAAACACUUUAAAACUAUGAAUAUUAUUCAAAAAUGUUCAAUUUUCCAGAUGAAGUUGUUGGAUGUUAAAAAAACUUAGAUGCUAUCAAAUAAGAAGUAGCUGCUGUUUAAUUAUUAUGGGAACAUAUUAAAAAAUGUGAAUAAAAAUUCUCAGAUUAUAAGAGAUAUAAAUGGGCAACAAUUGAUCCAAAUGAAAUGGAAGAUGAAGUGAAAAAGCUUCGUAAAUUCUUAAUUGAUAUGAAGGGUAUUGAUAAAAGAUCAAAUGUAUUCACUGGUAUUAAUGAAGAUUUACGUAAAUGGGGUACCUUCAUACCAUUAUUAACUGAAUUGAAAGAUCCAGCUAUGAACACAAGUGAUAGUAGACAUUGGAAAGAAGUUAAAGUUGUUGUAAACCAAGAUUUUGCUAUUGGAGAUGAUAUGGAAUUAGAUGUUAUUUGGAAUCUUAAACUUUUUGAUUAUAGAGAAAAAAUUGAAGAUAUCUCUGAAUAAGCUAAAUAAGAAUUAAAAAUGGAGAAGGGUAUUAUCAAAGUAGAUACAUUCUGGAAAGAUGUAUAAUUUGAAUUAUUGAAACAUAAGGAUACUGAUGUCAGAACAUUAAAAAUGUUAGAUGAACAUUUUGAAACAUUAGAAGAACAUUAAUUGUAGGUUAAUAAUAUGUUAUUGAGUAAAUAUGUGAAAUUCUUUGAGAAGGAUGUUGAAAAAUGGAAAUAAGAUUUAGGAGCUAUUUAUGAUGUUAUAUAAUUAUUAUCAGAAGUACAAAAGACAUGGUCAUUUUUAGAAAAUUUAUUUAUUUAAUCAGAAGAAGUCAAGAAAGAAUUACCAAAAGAAUCAGAAUAAUUUGUUGGAAUAGAUAAAAGUAUGAAAGAAAUUAUGGAAUCUGGUUGUUAAAUUAAGAUAAUCUUAAAGUUUUGUACUUAACCAAAUAUGUUAAAAUCAUUAGAAAAGAUCUAAGCUGAUUUGAAAGUUUGUGAAAAAGCAUUGAAUGAAUUUUUGGAUUCUAAAAGAAGAGCAUUCCCAAGAUUCUAUUUCGUUAGUGUUAAUGAUUUAUUAGAUAUCCUUUCUAAUGGUAAUUCACCUGCAAAAAUUAAUAGACAUAUGUCAAAGAUAUUUUAAGCUAUUGAUAAAUUAGAAUUAUAAGAAAAUGAUAAUGAAAGACCAUUUGCUAAAAAGAUGAUUACAUGUGUUGGUCAAGAAGAAGUUGUUCUAGUUAAACCUUUAUAAUUGUUAAAUAAAGUUGAAACUUAUUUAUAAGCUAUGAUUGAUUCUAUGAUUGAUACUCUUAGAGAAUUAGCUAAGAAAUCAUUUGGUUGUUAUGAUUCUAAGACAUGUCAAUUAUAAAUGGAUAGAAAAACAUGGAUAGAUUAGGAUCCAGCUUAAAUUGCAUUAUUAGUCAAUAAUAUUAUGUGGUCAGUUCAAGUAGAAGAAGCAUUUGCAAAAAUAGCAAAUGGAGAUAUGAAUGCACUUAAAGAUUAUUAUAAGAAAAGUGUUGAUGCUCUUACUGAAUUAAUUAGAUUUGUUAGAGGUGAUUUAAGUAAAUCUUUAAGAUAAAAAUUAAUGUGUUUGAUUACAAUGGAUGCUCAUUCUAGAGAUACUAUUGGAAAAUUGAUUGAUGAACAUGUUCGUAAACCAGAUGAAUUUUAAUGGUAAUCUUAAUUAAAAUUCUAUUGGGUUAAUAAUGAUGCCCUUAUUAGAAUUGCUGAUGCAUCUUUUAAUUAUUCAUAUGAAUAUUUGGGUAAUGGUCCAAGAUUGGUUAUUACUCCAUUAACAGAUCGUAUUUACGUCACAGCCACAUAAGCAUUACAUUUAAAGAUGGGUUGUGCACCUGCUGGUCCUGCAGGAACAGGUAAAACUGAAUCCACUAAAGAUUUGGCUAAUGCAUUAGCUAAAGCAUGUUAUGUGUUUAAUUGUAGUUCAGAAAUGAAUUAUGAAUCUAUGGGUAAUAUCUAUAAAGGACUUGCUAGUUCUGGAUGUUGGGGUUGUUUUGAUGAAUUUAAUCGUUUAUUACCAGAAGUCUUAUCAGUUUGUUCAGUCUAAUUUAAGGCAGUCACAGAUGCUAUCAAAUAAUAAAAAAAGACAUUUUUAUUCCCAGGAGGAGGUGAAAUUUCAUUAGAUCCAACUUGUGGUGUGUUUAUUACAAUGAAUCCAGGAUAUUUAGGAAGAGCAGAACUACCAGAGGGAUUGAAAGCCUUAUUUAGACCAAUUACAGUGGUUGUCCCUGAUUUAGAAUUGAUUUGUGAAAACAUGUUGAUGGCUGAAGGAUUUGAAGAGGCUAAGACAUUAGCACAUAAAUUCGUUACUUUAUAUAUGUUAUGUAGAGAUUUAUUAUCAAAAUAAUUACAUUAUGAUUGGGGACUUAGAGCUAUUAAAUCAGUGUUAGUGGUAGCUGGUGGUUUCAAGAGAGCUGAACCAAAUAUUGCAGAAUAGGCUUUAUUGAUGAGAGCAUUAAGAGAUUUCAAUAUACCAAAGAUUGCAUUUUAAGAUUUAGAUGUUUUCUCAGGAUUAUUAUCAGAUUUAUUCCCAAAUAUUAAUAUUCCAAGAAAGAGAGAUAUGGCAUUUGAAGGAAUUAUUGAAUAAGUUACAGCUGAAAAUAGAUUAGAUCCAGAUCCUGAUUAUAUUUUGAAGAUUGUUUAAGCAUCAGAAUUAUUGGAAAUUAGACAUUGUAUUUUCGUUAUGGGUCCACCAGGAGCUGGUAAAUCAACUACAUGGAAAAUGUUGGCUAAAGCUUAAGAUAAAGCUGGUAAGAAGACAACUGUGGUUGAUUUAGAUCCAAAAGUUGUUAGUACAAGAGAUUUAUAUGGUUACAAUUUACCAACAAAAGAAUGGAAAGAUGGUUUAGUUUCAAAAGUUAUGAGAUCUUUAAGUGAAAUAUAAGAUAUAAAUCCAAAAUGGAUAUUACUUGAUGGAGAUUUAGAUGCAAAUUGGAUUGAGUCAAUGAAUUCUGUUAUGGAUGAUAAUAAGAUAUUGACAUUAGCAAAUAAUGAAAGAAUUCCAUUGAAACCACACAUGAGAAUGCUUUUUGAAAUUAGAGAUCUUCGUUUUGCAACUCCUGCCACAGUAUCUAGAGCAGGUAUCUUGUAUAUUUCUGAUGAUAAGGGAUAUUAAUGGAGAGCAUAUGUGAAAUCAUGGGUUAAAAAUAACUUUAAUGAUGAUAAAUUCAAAUAAGAUUUACAAAAGUUAUUUGAUAGAUAUAUUGAAGGUACUUUAUUAUUUUUGAAAAAACAUUGUAAAACUUUAAUUCCAGUUAAUCCAAUAUCAAUGAUUAUCUCUUUAUGCAAAGCUUUAUUGCCAUUAUUAUAAGGAGAAGUAAAGAAUAUGGAAUAUCAUUUUGUAUAUUGUUGUGUUUGGGCUAUUGGAGGUGUUUUAUCUGAAAAAGACUCUAUUGAUUAUCGUAAAGAUUUUUCAAAUUGGUGGAAAGGAGAAUGGAAAACAUCAGUCAAAUUCCCAAGUAAAGGUACAGUUUUUGAUUACUUUGUUGAAUAAAAUACAGAAAAUGUUAAAUUUGAUGAAUGGGCUAAGAGAUUAACAAACAUAGAUUUUGAUCCCACUUAAGGAAUGGUUAUGGGUAAUAUAACAGUUCCAACAAAAGAAACUUUGGCUACAAGUGAAUUAGUUAAAUAAUUUAUUAAUGUUUAACAACCAGUAUUGAUGAUUGGUUAAUCUGGUUGUGGUAAAACUCAAUUGGCUAAGGGUAUAUUGAGAGAUAUUGUGAAAGCUCAACCAGAUAAUUUUACUUAUUAAUUGAUCAAUUUCAAUUAUUAUACAGAUUCAACUUAUUUGUAGGCUUAAUUAGAAUAAUAAUUGGAAAAGAAAGCAGGUAGAUAAUUUGGACCUUAAGGAAAAGGAAAAUUAAUAUAUUUCAUUGAUGAUUUGAAUAUGCCUUAAUUAGAUCCAUAUGAUACUUAAACAGCUAUUGCAUUAUUAAGAUAACAUGCAGAUUAUGGUCAUUGGUAUGAUUUAGGUAAAUUGAGUUUGAAAGAUAUUAUCAAUACUUAAACUAUAGCAGCAAUGAAUCCAUCAGCUGGUUCAUUCUUUGUUAAUCCAAGAUAUUAAAGACAUUUUUGGACUGUUUCCAUUCCUAUUCCUGAUAAUGAAAGUUUGUUCUUAAUUUAUAAUACUUUCUUAUCAGGACAUCUUAAGAGAUUUAAACCAGCUGUUUCUGAAAAUGGACCUGCAAUUAUUAAAGCUGCUUUAUAAUUACAUACUAGUGUCAUUUAGAAUUUCAGAAAAACUGCCAUAAAUUUCCAUUAUGAAUUCAAUCUUAGACAUAUUUCAAAUGUUAUUUAAGGAUUGUUAUUAGCAGAUCCUGCUAAAUUUAUUGAUUCAGAUAAAUUAAUUAGAUUAUGGGUUCAUGAAUCUGAAAGAACAUAUGGUGAUAGAUUAGUAUCAAUGGAUAAUCUUAAUACAUAUAAAGCAUUAAUGUUUGAUUUGUUAAAGAAAUAAUUCACCAAAUUUAAUUUCAGUAGAUUCUUUGCCAAAGAUAAUCCUGAAAAUUUAAUCUUCUGUAACUUUUUAGCUGGUAUAGGAGGAGAUAGAUUUUAUGAUUAAAUGCCAAAUGAUAAAUUAGAACCAGUAAUCACUGAAGCAUUAAAAGAAUAUAAUGAUAACUUUGCUUAUAUGGGAUUAGUAUUGUUUGAAGAUGCACUUAAACAUGUAUGUAGAAUCACAAGAAUAGUGUUACCACCAGGUGGACAUUCAUUAUUAGUAGGAGUAGGAGGUAGUGGUAAAUAAUCAUUAACUAAAUUGGCUGCAUUUAUCAUGACAUAUACUCUAUUCAUGAUUACUAUAUCAAGCAAUUAUGGUAUGAAUGAUUUAAGAGGUGAUUUGUAAUUACUUUACUAANACAAACAUAGAUUUUGAUCCCACUUAAGGAAUGGUUAUGGGUAAUAUAACAGUUCCAACAAAAGAAACUUUGGCUACAAGUGAAUUAGUUAAAUAAUUUAUUAAUGUUUAACAACCAGUAUUGAUGAUUGGUUAAUCUGGUUGUGGUAAAACUCAAUUGGCUAAGGGUAUAUUGAGAGAUAUUGUGAAAGCUCAACCAGAUAAUUUUACUUAUUAAUUGAUCAAUUUCAAUUAUUAUACAGAUUCAACUUAUUUGUAGGCUUAAUUAGAAUAAUAAUUGGAAAAGAAAGCAGGUAGAUAAUUUGGACCUUAAGGAAAAGGAAAAUUAAUAUAUUUCAUUGAUGAUUUGAAUAUGCCUUAAUUAGAUCCAUAUGAUACUUAAACAGCUAUUGCAUUAUUAAGAUAACAUGCAGAUUAUGGUCAUUGGUAUGAUUUAGGUAAAUUGAGUUUGAAAGAUAUUAUCAAUACUUAAACUAUAGCAGCAAUGAAUCCAUCAGCUGGUUCAUUCUUUGUUAAUCCAAGAUAUUAAAGACAUUUUUGGACUGUUUCCAUUCCUAUUCCUGAUAAUGAAAGUUUGUUCUUAAUUUAUAAUACUUUCUUAUCAGGACAUCUUAAGAGAUUUAAACCAGCUGUUUCUGAAAAUGGACCUGCAAUUAUUAAAGCUGCUUUAUAAUUACAUACUAGUGUCAUUUAGAAUUUCAGAAAAACUGCCAUAAAUUUCCAUUAUGAAUUCAAUCUUAGACAUAUUUCAAAUGUUAUUUAAGGAUUGUUAUUAGCAGAUCCUGCUAAAUUUAUUGAUUCAGAUAAAUUAAUUAGAUUAUGGGUUCAUGAAUCUGAAAGAACAUAUGGUGAUAGAUUAGUAUCAAUGGAUAAUCUUAAUACAUACAAAGCAUUAAUGUUUGAUUUGUUAAAGAAAUAAUUCACCAAAUUUAAUUUCAGUAGAUUCUUUGCCAAAGAUAAUCCUGAAAAUUUAAUCUUCUGUAACUUUUUAGCUGGUAUAGGAGGAGAUAGAUUUUAUGAUUAAAUGCCAAAUGAUAAAUUAGAACCAGUAAUCACUGAAGCAUUAAAAGAAUAUAAUGAUAACUUUGCUUAUAUGGGAUUAGUAUUGUUUGAAGAUGCACUUAAACAUGUAUGUAGAAUCACAAGAAUAGUGUUACCACCAGGUGGACAUUCAUUAUUAGUAGGAGUAGGAGGUAGUGGUAAAUAAUCAUUAACUAAAUUGGCUGCAUUUAUCAUGACAUAUACUCUAUUCAUGAUUACUAUAUCAAGCAAUUAUGGUAUGAAUGAUUUAAGAGGUGAUUUGUAAUUACUUUACUAGAAAUCAGGUGUCAGGGAUGAAGCUAUUAUGUUCUUAUUCAAUGAAGGUCAGAUCACAAAUGAAAGAUUCUUAACUUAUAUCAAUGAUUUACUAUCUUCAGGUGAAGUAGCAGAACUCUAUAAUUCAGAUGAAAAAGAAGUUUUGAUUAAUCAAAUCAGACCUAAAGUUAAAGCUGAUGGUAGACCAGAUACAAGAGAUUCAUGUUGGGGAUGGUUUAUUGAUAAAGUAAGAUAAAAUUUACAUAUGACUUUGUGUUUCUCACCAGUAGGUGAAUCAUUACGUAAAAGAGCUCGUCAAUUCCCUGCUCUUGUCAAUUCUACUGUUAUUGAUUGGUUCUAACCAUGGCCUUAAGAUGCUCUAUAUAAUGUGGCUUAAUAAUUCUUAAAAGACAUAGAUGUACCUACAGAUUAAGUUAGAGAAGCUAUUGUUAAAUUUAUGCCAUUCUCAUUCAAAUUAGUUAAUGAUUUAUCAGUUAAAUUGCUAGAAUAAGAAAGAAGAUAUGUUUAUACUACACCUAAAUCAUUUUUAGAAUUAAUUAAAUUAUAUACAUUCAUGUUGAAGACAAAGAAGGGAAUGCUUGAAAAGAAUAAGGAAAGAUAUGAAAAUGGUCUUAUUAAAUUAAGAUCCACUUAGGAUUUAGUGGCUGAAAUUGAAAUUCAAGUUAAGGAAAAAUAAUAAGAAGCUGAACAAAUUAAAAAUGAAGCCAAUCAAGUAGCUGAAGUAGUUGGUAAAGAAAAGGCUAAGGCUGAAAUUGAAAAUGCAAAGGCUGCAGAAGAAGAAUCCAAAUGUUCAACUAUCAAAUAAGAUGUUGAAUAGAAAAAGACAUCUACUCAAGCAGAUUUAGAUGCUGCUAUUCCAUUAGUAGAAUAAGCCAAAGCUGCCUUGAAUGGUUUGAGUGAAAAAGAUUUCUAAGUUGCCAAGAACUUUGCUACUCCUCCUUCUGGUGUUCCUGAUGUCUUCUCGGCCACCAUUUUCUUAUUGGCUGGUUUCUAUAAUGAAUAAAUAGAAAUUGAUCCAAAAUCUAAGAAACCAAAAAAUUAUGAUUGGAAGAGUGCUUAAAAGAUGAUGCAAAAGCCUAAAGAAUUGUUAAAUAAACUCAUGGGUUUCAAAGAUAUUGUUGAUGCUAAUCAAGUACCACCAACUAACGUUGAUUUUGUUAAGAAAAACUAUUUGAAUUUAGAGCAUUUCAAUGCAUAAACUAUGGCUAAUAAAUCAUCAGCUGCUAGAGGUCUUUGUGAUUGGGUUAUUAAUAUUGUCAAAUAUUAUGAUGUCAUCUAAAUUGUAGAACCUAAGAGACAAGCUCUUAAAGAAGCCAUUUAAUAAUUAGAUGAUGCCAAUGCAAAAUUAGCUAAAGUUUAAGAAUAAGUCAAAGAAUUAAAUGAUAGAUUGGCUGUUUUGACUGCUGAUUAUAAUAAAGCUAUGGCACAAUUAUAAGCUGCCUUAGAUUAAGCUGCUAAAUGUGAGAAGAGACUUAACUCAGCUAAUCGUUUAGUAAAAGCCUUGGGUAGUGAAAAUGAACGUUGGGAUUAAGCAAUUAAAAUUUUAGAAGGUUAGAUACAAUUAUUAAGUGGAGAUGUAUUGAUUUCUGCUGCCUUUGUCUCUUAUGCUGGUCCAUUCAACAAGAGAUUUAGAGAUGUUAUGAUGAAAGAUUAUUUCCUUAAAUUCAUUAUUGAUAAUAAGGUUCCAUUAAGUAAUAAUGCUGAUCCAGUAAAAUUAUUGACAGAUGAAAGUACUAUUGCUAAAUGGAAUCAAUAAUUAUUACCUAGUGAUGCUGUUAGUACUGAAAAUGGUACUAUCUUAACUAACUCUGAAAGAUAUCCAUUAAUUAUAGAUCCUUAAUUAUAAGGAAUCAAAUGGAUUAAAGAGAAGGAAUCAGCAAAUAAUAUGAAGAUAUUACGUAUUGGUUAAAAAAAUACAAAUAGAUAAAUUGAGUUCUCUAUUUAAUCAGGUAAUCCAUGUUUAAUUGAAAAUAUGGAUGAAAGAAUUGAUGCUGUAUUGAUGCCUGUUAUUGCUAGACAAUUUAUAAUUAAGAGUUCAGGAUAAAAGAAGAUUAAAUUUGCUGGUUAAGAAUUAGAUGUACAUCCAAAAUUCUAAUUGUUUUUACAUACAUAAUUGAGUAAUCCACAUUAUCCUCCUGAAAUAUAAGCAGAGGCUACUCUCAUCAAUUUCACUGUUACUGAAGAUGGUUUAAGUGAUCAAUUAUUAACAUUAGUUGUUGGAAGAGAAAGACCAGAUUUGGCAUAAAAGAAAGUGGAAUUAAUCUAACAAUAAAAUUCAUUCAAAAUUAAAUUAAAAGAAUUAGAAGAUGAAUUAUUAUAUAAAUUAGCUAAUGCUGAAGGUGAUAUUUUGGAAGAUAUAGCUUUGAUUGAAAAUUUAGAAUAUUCUAAAAAGAUAUCAACAGAAAUUGCUGAAAAAGUAGAAAUUGCUAAAGCCACUGAAGCUAAAAUCAAUGAAACAUCAGAAUAAUAUAGAAAUGCAGCUGCUAGAGGUGCUUUAAUUUAUUUCUUGUUAACAGAUUUAUCUAAAAUUCACUCUUUCUAUAAAUAUUCAUUGGAAUCCUAUUUGGUUGUUGUUCAUAGAGCUAUUGAUUUGAUUUCUGAACAUAAACAUGUUCAAACAGGUGUUAUGUUAGAUGAAAAAGCAGCAGCUUAAAUUGAUCUUGGAAAUAAGAAGGAUGAAGAAGGAGAAGCAGGUGAAGGAGAGGAAGAAUAAUAAGAAGAACAACAAGAGGAAUAAUAAUAAGAAUAAUAAUAAGAAGAAUAAUAAUAGGGUGAAUAAUAAGAGGGAGAACAAGGAGAAGGUUAAUAAGGUGAAGGAGAAGGAGAAGAAGGUGGAGAAGCAAAAGAAGGGGAAGAAGGAGAAUAGAAAAAAGAAGAAUAAGUUGAAGAAUAAAAGAAAAAUGCUGAUGAUGAUCAAUUAACUCCAUAAUCUUUAAGAAAGAGAGUUAAUUAAUUAAUUGAAAGUAUAACUUACACUUCCUUCUAAUAUGCCAGAAGAGGAUUAUUUGAGAGACACAAAUUGAUUGUUUCUACUAUGCUUACAUUAAGAAUCAAUUUGAAAGCAGGAAAAUUACCUAAAGAAUAAGUUGAUCAUUUAAUUAUUGGUAAAAUUGAAUUAAAUCCUCCUCCUAUGCCUGAAUCAUUGAAAUCAUUCUUGAAUGAUACUAUAUGGGCAUGCUGUAAGGCUUUGGAAUCAAUUCCUGAAUUUAAUGGUUUAGGAUAAAGUCUAGAAGUUGACAAUCUGUAAUGGAAGAAAUGGUAUAAUGAAGAAAAGGCUGAAAUUAGUGAUUUACCUAAGGCAUUCAGUCAUCUUAAGAAAUUCCAUAGAUUAUUAUUAUUAAGAACAAUGAGACCUGAUAGAUUAACAUCAGCUAUGGCUAAUUAUGUUGCUGAAGAGAUGGGAGAUAAGUAUGUUGAAUAACCUCCAUUCUCAAUCUUUGAAACAUUUAAUGAAAUGGCUCCAACUACACCUAUUUUCUUUGUAUUGUUCCCAGGAGUAGAUCCUACACCUGAAGUUGAAAGAGUGGCUGCCUAAUAUGAUAUUACAUCAUUUAAUGGGAAAUUCAUUAAUAUCUCAAUGGGACAAGGUCAAGAAGAAAUUGCUAGAAGAGCAUUAUUAGAUUGUGCUGUACAAGGACAUUGGAUUAUGUUACAAAAUGUACAUUUAAUGUAAAAUUGGUUGACAGGUCUUAAUGGUUUGGAAGGAUAUCUCGAAACUGUUUAUGCUAAACAUCAUCCAAACUUUAGAGUUUUCAUUUCAUCAGAACCUCCUCCUCUACCUGAAAUGAAGAUUAUUCCAGAAUCUAUUUUAUAAGCAUCUGUUAAGGUUGCUAAUGAAGCACCAUAAGAUUUAAAGGCAAAUCUUAGAAGAGCAUAUGCUCACUUUGAUUAAGAAUUCUUAAAUAAAUGUUAAAAGAAACCAUAAGAAUUUAAAGCAUGUUUGUUUGCUUUAUGUCAUUUCCAUUCUUUAGUCUUAGGUAGAAAGAAGUUUGGUGCUUAAGGUUGGUCAAGAAUAUAUAAUUUUAAUGAUGGUGAUCUAACAAUUUGUGCUAAUGUCUUGUAUAAUUAUUUAUCUAAAUAUGAUGUUGUUCCUUGGGAUGAUUUGAAAUAUAUUUUUGGUGAAAUUAUGUAUGGUGGUCAUAUUACAGAUGAUUGGGACAGAAGAACCAAUGCUACAUAUUUGAAAGUCUUAAUUAAGCCAGAAUUAUUAUAACCUGGUUUUAAUUUAGGUCCAGGAUUCAAAUCACCAGAUCCUUCAAAAUUUGAAUAUGAAUAAUAUAAAGAAUACAUUGAAAAGAAAUUACCAAUUGAAUCUCCAUAAAUGUUUGGUAUGCAUCCAAAUGCUGAAAUUGGUUAUUUAACUUAAUAAUGUGAAACACUUUUCAGUACCAUAUUAGAUGUUUAAGGUGGUUCAAGUAGUGGUGGUGGAGGUAAAAAAGAUGAUGGAGUUAUGACUUAAUUAACAUUAUUAAAAUCUACAACUCCUGCUGAUACUAAUUUAAUGGAUGUUACAGCUAAAGCAUCAGAAAAAACACCUGAUCAAAUUGUAUGUUUAUAAGAAUGUGAAAGAAUGAAUAUUUUAUUAGGUGAAAUAAGAAGAUCACUUGAAGAUCUUAGACUUGGUUUAACUGGUGCAUUGAAUAUCACAGAUUAAAUGGAAGCAUUAUCUCUAUCAUUAUAAUUCAAUAAAGUACCUGCAAAUUGGGAGAAAUUUGCUUAUUUCUCAAGAAAAGGUUUGGCUGCUUGGUUUAAUGAUCUUAUUGAAAGAACUAACUAAUUAGCAAAUUGGACACAAGAAAUGGCCACUCCAAUUUCAUUGUGUAUCAGUUAUUUGUUUAACCCUAUGUCAUUCUUGACUGCUAUCAUGUAAAAGACUGCCAGAGAAUAAGGUUUACCAUUAGAUGAUGUAAGAUAUUGUUAUUUAUAUUAUUUAGAUGGUCUUGUAAACCAAUGUGACAGCUUUCAAAGGACAUGAGGAAGUUACUGUUUCAGCUGAGACUGGUGCUUUUAUCCAUGGUUUAUAUUUAGAAGGAGCUGCUUGGGAAUUAGGUGGUUAAGGAUAAGAAGGAUAUUUAAUAGAAUAGAAAUAGAAGGAAUUACAUCCAAAAUUACCAGUUGUUAAUGUAAUUGCUGUGACAGCAGAUAAAAAGAAGAAGAUUGGAUAAUAUUCAUGUCCAGUUUAUGUAACAUCAAUGAGAGGACCUACAUUUGUAUUUACAGCUAAUCUUAAUAUGGAAAAUGAAGAUUCAGACGUAUCUAAAUGGAUUCUCAGUGGUACUUGUUUAUUGAUGAGUGACGAUUGA